GGAGCCGGCGGUCCAGGCAGCUUCCGCUCGCAGUCUCUGUCCCGCUGUAAUGUGACCUCUUCGGCCACCUGCUCUUCGGCCUCUUCGCUCGGCCUGGGCCUAGCCUACCGCCGGGCGCCGGCGUCCGACGGGCUGGACCUGAGCCAGGCGGCGGCGCGCACCAACGAGUACAAGAUCAUCCGCACCAACGAGAAGGAGCAGCUGCAGGGCCUCAACGACCGCUUCGCCGUGUUCAUCGAGAAGGUGCACCAGCUGGAGACGCAGAACCGUGCGCUCGAGGCCGAGCUGGCCGCGCUGCGGCAGCGCCACGCCGAGCCGUCGCGCGUCGGCGAGCUCUUCCAGCGCGAGCUGCGCGACCUGCGCGCGCAGCUGGAAGAGGCGAGCUCCGCGCGCGCGCAGGCCCUGCUGGAGCGCGACGGGCUAGCAGAGGAGGGUCUGCGGGCGCGCUGCGAGGAGGAGAGCCGUGGCCGCGAAGGCGCCGAGCGCGCCCUGAAGGCGCAACAGCGCGACGUGGACGGCGCCACGCUGGCCCGCCUGGACCUGGAAAAGAAAGUAGAGUCGCUGCUGGACGAGCUGGCCUUCGUGCGCCAAGUGCACGACGAGGAGGUGGCUGAGCUGCUGGCCACUCUGCAAGCAUCGUCGCAGGCCGCGGCCGAGGUGGACGUGGCUGUAGCUAAGCCAGACCUGAGUUCGGCGCUGAGAGAGAUCCGCGCCCAGUAUGAAUCCCUGGCCGCUAAGAACCUGCAGUCAGCCGAGGAAUGGUACAAGUCCAAGUUUGCCAACCUGAACGAGCAGGCGGCGCGCAGCACUGAAGCCAUCCGGGCCAGCCGCGAGGAGAUCCACGAGUACCGGCGCCAGCUGCAGGCACGCACCAUCGAGAUCGAAGGCCUGCGUGGGGCCAACGAGUCCUUGGAGAGGCAGAUUCUGGAACUGGAAGAAAAAAAUGCUGAGGUGGCUGGCUACCAGGACAGCAUUGGACAACUGGAGAAUGACCUGAGGAACACCAAGAGUGAGAUGGCACGCCACCUCCGGGAAUACCAGGACUUGCUCAAUGUCAAAAUGGCUCUUGACAUUGAGAUAGCAGCUUACAGGAAAUUGCUGGAAGGCGAAGAGACACGUUUUAGCACCAGUGGAUUAAGCAUUUCAGGGCUGAAUCCAAUCCCCAAUCCAAGUUAUCUGCUCCCACCUAGAAUCCUCAGUUCUGCAACCUCCAAAGUCUCGUCCUCUGGGCUAUCAAUUAAGAAAGAGGAGGAAGAGGAGGAGGCUUCUAAGGUGGCCUCUAAGAAAACCUCCCAGAUAGGAGAAAGCUUUGAAGAAAUAUUGGAGGAGACAGUAGUAUCUACUAAGAAAACCGAGAAAUCAAAUAUAGAAGAAAGCACCAUUUCAAGCCAAAAGAUAUAAUUCUGUUGCUUUAAAAAACAAAAGUUAACGCUUAGAGGGAAUAAUACACAUCUACUUGCUAACCAACCUAUUCCUGAACCAUAACACCUGUCACCACCCUCACAGGUCUCCACGGCUUCAGUCUCCUAUUUAGUCUCGAACACUUACUCUCUCUAAUAAGAAAACCACCCCUGGGAGGACACUGCAGUCCUGGAGCAAUCGCAGCGGAGUUCUCUAAGAACACAGCUCUCUCACCUAACACUCAGGCUUCACAGCGGUAGAUGACUCAGGUGCAGAGGAGGUACAAAUCCCGGUGCUAAGUCUGUGAUCAUCGUCAUUUGCUGUGAACUGUAUCCAUUCACGAUACCUAGCCAUUACCCAGCUAUAGAACCUUACUCUAAAUGCCCCAAACUUAGAUCACUGCCAAAGAUAAAGCCCGAGGGUCCACACCGUUUCACUCUGCUAGAACAGUUGCACGAACGAUAGGCAUUUAUUUAAAGGACACGUCUUUCCCACAUCCCUCAAUUCUGUCUGUCUCUUUCUUCCAUCCAGGAAGGGGAAAAAAAUAAAAAGAAAGCUGGAGUAGUAUUCUUCCCUUUUAAACACUUGCAAGUUUUCUUCUCAAAAGAACGUAUUCCCUUUAGUGCUCUUUGCUCAAUGAAUAAAAUUAGGUGCAUGUUGACCAUUUCGAUGAUUCGUGAAUGACUUAUCCCUGCCCAUUUCAUAUCCCUUCCAGUCUUUAGAUUUAAAAAAGUGGCAGUGAUGAAUUUCAAAUAUUUCUACCCA